CAUCGCCAUUUUGAGGAACGACUGGAAAACAUGAAGAUUUAGUAAAGCUGAGAUUUAUAAUUCCACACAACACACCGACUGGUGACUAAAGCCUAAAGCUAGAAAGUGAAAGUGACUACACCGUUAGUGAAAGAUGGAGAAUCCUCAUCUCGACUCAGACAUCUCCCCACUCUUAGACCAGUCUGACCCAGAUAAGGAGACCAGACUCACCAGUAUUCAGCAGUGUCUCCAUGAAGAGUGAUGCUUCUAUGGAUCCUCCUCAUAAAUUCAAAGAUGAAGGGCACUCAUCUGGACACAGUCUGACCCAGAUAAAGAGACCAGACUCACCAGUAUUCAGCAGUGUUUCCAUGAAGAGUGAUGCAUCUAUGGAUCCUCCUCAUAAAUUCAAAGAUGAAGGACACUCAUCUGGACACAGUGUCCUGCAGGAGGCAGAAAACAGGAAGGAGCAGAAGAUCAUCACAGAUACAGGUUGUGAAUCUUCAUCUGCUGUAACUGCAGUUCAGGAGAAAUGCAAAUUAAAUCUGAAUAAGAAGUUUCAGCACAUGAACGAGGUGAUAACAAACCAGGGAAACCCAACACUUCUCAAUGAGAUCUACACAGAGCUCUACAUCACAGAAGGAGACAGUGGAAAAGUCAAUAAUGAACAUGAGGUGAGACAGAUCGAGGCAGCAUCCAGGAGAGCAGCAACAGAGGAAACACCAAUCAAAUGCAAUGACAUCUUUAAGCCCUUAUCUGAAGAAGACAAACCCAUCAGGAGUGUUCUGACAAAGGGAGUCGCUGGCAUUGGAAAAACAGUCUCUGUGCAGAAAUUCAUUCUAGACUGGGCUGAAGGGAAAACAAAUCAGGAUAUUCAUCUCAUAUUUCCACUUCCUUUCGGAGAGCUCAAUUUGAUGAAGGAUCAAAAACUGAGCCUGAUGGAGCUCCUUCAUUUCUUUUUUAAGGAGAUUAAAGAAACAAACAUUUCCAGCAUGGACAAAAUUCUGUUCAUAUUUGAUGGUUUGGAUGAGUGUCGUUUCCCACUGGAUUUCCAGAACACAGUGAGAUUGUGUGAUGUAACUGAAUCAGCAUCCGUGGAUGUGCUGCUGAUAAACCUGAUCAAAGGGAAUCUGCUUCCCUCUGCUCUCAUCUGGAUCACCUCCCGACCAGCAGCAGCUGAUCAAAUCCCCUCUGAGUGGUUUAAUCGAGUCACCGAGGUACGAGGGUUCAAUGACCCACAGAAGGAGCAAUAUUUCAGGAAAAGAAUCAGUGAUCAGAGCCUGAGCAACAGAAUCAUCACACACCUGAAGUCAUUAAGAAGCCUCUACAUCAUGUGCCACAUCCCAGUCUUCUGCUGGAUUUCAGCCACUGUUCUAGAGAGAAUGUUGGAGGAAGCAGAGAGUGGAGAGAUCCCCAAGACUCUGACUCAAAUGUACACACACUUCCUCAUCAUUCAGACAAACAUCAUAAAGAAAAAGUACACAAAGAACCAAGAGGCAGAUAAAGAAAUGGUUCUGAAACUGGGUAAACUGGCUUUUCAGCAGCUGAAGAAAGGCAACCUGAUCUUCUAUGAGGAAGACCUGAUGGAGUGUGGCAUUGAUGUGGCAGAAGCCUCAGUGUAUUCAGGUGUGUGUACACAGAUCUUCACAGAGGAGUUUGGGUUUCACCAGAGUAAAGUGUACUGCUUUGUUCAUCUGAGCAUUCAGGAGCACCUCGCAGCUCUAUAUGUGCACCUGAUAUUCAUGAAUGAAAAGAAAAAUGUUCUUAAAAAGCCGAUAUUGAGGCUGAAAGUGAAGAUCUCAGAUGUACACAAGAGUGCUGUAGAUCAGGCUUUACAGAGUAAAAAUGGACAUCUGGAUCUUUUCCUUCGCUUUCUUCUGGGUCUCUCCCUGGAAUCUAAUCAGAUCUUCCUACAAACCAUAGUGACACAGACAGGAAGUAGCUCCCACAGUAACCAGGAAACAGUUUAUUACAUCAAGAAGAAGAUCAGAGAGAAUUCCUCAACAGAGAAAUCCAUCAAUCUGUUCCACUGUCUGUAUGAACUUGAUGAUCAUUCUCUAGUUGAGGAAAUCCAACACUACCUGCAAUCUGGAAAUUUACAACAAAUUGAACUUUCACCUUCUCAGUGGUCAGCUGUGGUGUUUGUGUUACUGGCAUCAGUGCAGGAGCAGGAUGUGUUUGUUCUUAAUAAAUAUACCAACAAAUACUGUACAUCAGAUGAGGUUCUCCUGAAACUCCUGCCUGUGGUUGCAGCAUCCAGAAAAGCUGAGUUUAAUAAUUGUGGCCUAAAUGAGAAAAGUUGUGCAGCUUUGGCCUCAGUGCUCAUCUCUGAAUCCUCCAAUCUGAGAGAACUGGAUCUGUCUAGAAAUGAACUCAGACACUCAGGAGUGAAGCGUCUCUCUGCUGGACUGGAAAAUCCUCACUGUAAACUGGAGACACUGAGGUUGUGUGAUUGUGGUGUAUCAGAUGAAGACUGUGCUGCUCUGACUUCAGCUCUGAGAUCAAACCCCUCACACCUGAGAGAACUGGAUCUGUCUAAGAAUAAAGUCAGAGACUCAGGAGUGAAGUGUCUCUCUGCUGUACUGGAGAAUCCUCACUGUAAACUGGAGACACUGAGGUUGUGUGAUUGUGGUGUAUCAGAUGAAGGCUGUGCUGCUCUGACUUCAGCUCUGAGAUCAAACCCCUCACACCUGAGAGAACUGGAUCUGUCUGGGAAUAAACUCAGAGACUCAGGAGUGAAGUGUCUCUCUGCUGUACUGGAGAAUCCUCACUGUAAACUGGAGACACUGAGGUUGUGUGACUGUGAUAUCUCAGAUGAAGGCUGUGCUGCUCUGACUUCAGCUCUGAGAUCAAACUCCUCACACCUGAGAGAACUGGAUCUGUCUGAGAAUAAAGUCAGAGACUCAGGAGUGAAGCGUCUCUCUGCUGUACUGGAGAAUCCUGACUGUAAACUGGAGACACUGAGGUUGUGUGGUUGUGGUUUCUCAGAUGAAGGCUGUGCUGCUCUGACUUCAGCUCUGAGAUCAAACCCCUCACACCUGAGAGAACUGAAUCUGUCUUGGAAUAAACUCAGAGACUCAGGAGUGAAGUGUCUCUCUGCUGUACUGGAGAAUCCUCACUGUAAACUGGAGACACUGAGGUUGCGUGGUUGUGAUAUCUCAGAUGAAGGCUGUGCUGCUCUGACUUCAGCUCUGAGAUCAAACCCCUCACACCUGAGAGAACUGGAUCUGUCUUGGAAUGAACUCAGAGAUUCAGGAGUGAAGCGUCUCUCUGCUGUACUGGAGAAUCCUGACUGUAAACUGGAGACACUGAGGUUGUGUGGUUGUGGUGUCUCAGAUGAAGGCUGUGCUGCUCUGACUUCAGCUCUGAGAUCAAACCCCUCACACCUGAGAGAACUGGAUCUGUCAUGGAAUAAAGUCAGAGACUCAGGAGUGAAGUGUCUCUCUGCUGUACUGGAGAAUCCUGACUGUAAACUGGAGACACUGAGGUUGUGUGGUUGUGAUUUCUCAGAUGAAGGCUGUGCUGCUCUGACUUCAGCUCUGACAUCAAACCCCUCACACCUGAGAGAACUGGAUCUGUCAUGGAAUAAAAUCAGAGACUCGGGAGUGAAGUGUCUCUCUGCUGUACUGGAGAAUCCUCACUGUAAACUGGAGACACUGCGGUUGCGUUAUUGUGAUGUCUCAGAUGAAGGCUGUGAUGCUCUGACUUCAGCUCUGACAUCAAACCCCUCACACCUGAGAGAACUGGAUCUGUCUGGGAAUAAACUCAGAGACUCAGGAGUGAAGCGUCUCUCUGCUGUACUGGAGAAUCCUCACUGUAAACUGGAGACACUGAGGUUGUGUGAUUGUGGUGUCUCAGAUGAAGGCUGUACUGCUCUGACUUCAGCUCUGAGAUCAAACCCCUCACACUUGAGAGAACUGGAUCUGUCUUGGAAUAAACUCAGAGACUCAGGAGUGAAGUGUCUCUCUGCUGUACUGGAGAAUCCUCACUGUAAACUGGAGACACUGAGGUUGCGUAAUUGUGGUGUCUCAGAUGAAGGCUGUGCUGCUCUGACUUCAGCUCUGAGAUCAAACCCCUCACACCUGAGAAAACUGGAUCUGUCUGGGAAUAAACUCAGAGACUCAGAAAAUAAGCAGCUCUUCAGUCUUAAACUACAGGACCUGAGGGUGUGAAGAAUUUUCAUCUGAUGCAGACUCCAGAGAAGAUAUUUUUAAUGAAAUGUGCUCGACUCACAGCGGCAUUUGCUGGACACUUUUUUCUCACACUGAGAAAAUUCAGACGACUAUGGAUGCUGCUUUUAAAA